AUGUGGGAAAAUGAUUCAAGAAUUAAGGAAGUCUCUAUCGGAGAUAAAACUGGUUCAACAAGAACAAAAUGCGUACAUUAAAACCCUGGAAAGGAAACUCAAGAUUCACGAGGAAAGAAUUCGAGAUGAUCAGAAGAAAAUUGCUGACUUGGAAGAACUUAUAUUGAAUAAAAAUGAACCGUUAAAUCAAGCUGAAUUUCCAUUUCAACAGGAGAAAAGUCAUGGAAGACAAGCUUCCAAGGGAGUUUUAAACGGCACCGAUAAAGGCUGGGACACGAAUUCGGUAAUCAACAAAAGAGAUGUUCAUUUUAACCUGUCUAGGAAAAAGCGCCUAUUAUCAGUGCCCGAACCGCAGAAUGGAGUGGCAUUUUCAGCAUACAUGAGCGCAAACGAAGGUACUGUUGGUGCUGGUCACACACUAAUUUUUCAUUCACUGGUGACUAACGUUGGAAAUCAUUAUAAUAAGCACACAGGAGUAUUUACUUCACCUGACUCUGGUGUCUAUGUGUUCACUUGGACAAUAAUUGUAGAUAAUCAUGAUUACAUUCGAACUGAACUUGUAGUGAACUCCAGUACAGUUGGAACAAUGUAUACCAGCGCUUAUGAUGUAAAUAAUGACAGAACAACUACAGGAGUUGUUGUUGUUCAGAUAAACCAAGGAGAUGUUGUUUUUAUACGAACAAAUCAUACAAGUGGUAGCGUUGGAACCAUAAUUAGUAUUCCAGAUGUGUUAAGAUCAACCUUUUCCGGUUGGAAACUGUUUUGACAAUACCUAAAAUAAUAUCUGUAUA